UACUAGGCAACGACUGAACAGCCGAGUCUAGCCCGAGUAAGCAUUUUACCAAUUUCAAUCAAGCAACAGAAAGUAUUAUUUUAUCUUAUCUUUAAUUCGCACAGUUCCCUCUAGUCCUUACCAACCAUUCAAAUUUGCCAUGUGUUUACCUGAUCAAGUCUCGUAAACUACUUAUGUGAUCUUCGAAAAUUGGUGUGAAUCCGGACCUGCAGAAUGUGGCACGUUAAGUGUGGUUUCGAUGCUGAGGAUGAAACUUCAAACUUUGGCACUCGUGCUGUCACCGUGGGCCUCGAUGGUCUAUUUGAAACCAACACUAUCGCUACAAUCGAAUCUAGCCUUGAGGAUGGAAGUUCAGAAUCAGAGCUUGACAUCAGAUCUGCACUCAACCCUAAAAUCGGGCUGAUGGUGACUAUUGAAAAUGCCCUCAUCAUUCUCAACAAGAAUUGCACCGAAGUAAAGCGGAUGGUCUCAUUUGAAUAUCAUAUCGAUUGUUUUUUGGUCUCGCAAAAUGGAUUAUUUAUUUUUGUCGGCCUUGCAAAUGCUUCCUUCCAUUGUCUCUCAAUCAGGACCGGACAACUUGUUUUUACCAGGGAACUUGCAGAGUCGGCUGAAGAGGGCAAAUCAUUCAUAUCUAUUGUUAGUCAUUCCGUCAAUUCAGAAGAGGAACUGCUUAUAUUUCUCUCCUCAGGAGCGGUUUACAGGCUUACUGGUUUCAUUUUGCCGUCUGAAGUCUGUCAAGAGUCUUUCCUUAAUGGAACAAUAUCCUCUGUCCCUGCUAAUAAUGAGGACAAUGACUACAAUAGUCCCCUAACUGAUGCUUCUCAAUUUCAUACUUCUAGUGCUGAGAUAGGACCUUCUUUUACAAACAGUCUGAUGGAGCAAGUUUGUCAGCUAGAUUUUAAGCGCAAGCUGGUGUACAGUAGUCAAAUGAACAAUAAUAAUAAUAACCUGGGAGGCAACAUCAAAACGUACGGGAGGCCCUUUCGAGGGCUGGCGACCCCGCGGUACCCGAGCAAGUGGCUGGGCAUCCUCGUCGCCAGCACAUCGCCAGGGGCAUCCGAGGAAGUAGAGUCGGACUUGUCUCAACUUGAAAAACCAGCUGUGCAUCCCUGGCUGGGAGUUUGCAGCCCUCAUUCCAUUUUGGCUUUAAGUGCGAUGCAAGACUUGAUUGUCAUUUGCCCUUUUACUAUGAUACCUAUUCGCAUUUGGAAUGAAAGAAAAAUCAAGAACUUUUCCUUAUUCGGAGACACAAAUCUAGACAUCAUUGCUCUCUCAGAAGGAGAUAUCCCUUCUGUAUUGAUGCUGACCAUUCCAGGCCUUCAAAUCAAGCGUACUAUACACAUUCAAGGAAAAGGAUAUCUAAUUGAUAACGCUCACAGCUUGGAUGAUUUCUUGUUUCUAGAAAAGUGCAAGGAUUUGAAUUUAAUACAUGUUAAAUCAGUUGUGGAGAGCAUGCCAGAGUUCCGAUUGGACAGGUUACUAAAAAGAGGGAAAUUCGACCAAGCAGAAGCGUUUGGACAGAAGUUCGGUUUGCCGGUAGAAACUAUUUAUAAAGCUAAGCUGCGGAAACUUUUGCAAGACUUGCAACCCUGGACUAAUUCUGAAGUAUCUCUCGAAGAGACCUUUGUUGAAGCACUAAAUCUUCUAGAUGAAAUCCAGGAUGUUGAAUUCAUAGCAGAAUUUACUUUCAAUGCUGUACUGGCUGAAAGCAGUAUGUACCACUGCCUGCUCACCCGUACUAAGAGGAGGCUGCAAGAAAACAUGUCAAAGGAUCCUGGAAAUGAAGAAGUUAAGAAACUGUUAGCCAGAACAAAUGCCUACUCUACCCGAUUUGACACCUUUCUUCUGUUGGAUCCUGAAAAUCAUGGUAUCGAGGACUGGUUAGAAUUUUCCGUAGCUGACCUCUUCACGCAGUGCCUGGGGUUUUUGGAACAGGGUGAGUUAAGGAAGUCACAGAUCAUCUGGGGUAGACAUUUGCAUGAGAUUUCAGCAGAACUAAAUUUUGAUUCUGUUAAACAACUUUUUAAUGAAAUUCCAUCAACAGUCUCCAUUGUCGAAGCAUUGCCUUGGCUUCAGCAAGUUAUACCUCAUGUGUUGGACACUUUUCCGGAAGUUUUAACUGAGUUCAUCGAAUGGUUCCUUACAAAAGUGUGGGAAUUAGAAAAGAUAGCGCCUUCAAAGUGGCCCUCCAUUGGAGUUCAGUAUGCAGAAAUUUUACUUCAGAUGAUUCGCAACCCUCAAAGUUUGGUCGCAUCUGAAAUGAAGGCAUAUUUUUGGCAUUCAAGCACACUUAACUCACCAGUCAGCAAACUUAUUAAGAUAAUAAAAACUCUAAAGGAGAUCAAUGAUUUGUUUCAGCAUUAUAAUAUCCAUAUCAGCACAACAGAAUAUUAUCAUGAUAGCCCGGAAGAAGUCGUCUUCAUUCUGUUAAGCCGAGCACCUAUAGAUGAAUGCAGCAGAUUAGUCAAUGAGUUUUUGGACAAAUAUUUUCUUGAAAACCAGUUAAUUCGAGAUAAGAUAAUUGCUCGUUUCAUUGAAAUGGAAAUCGAGCAUCAUCUGCAGUGGUGGAAGUGUGAAGACAAUUUCAAAGAAAUGAAGAUUAUCAAGCUCAUUCAAUGCAUCUCUUGCCCUGAAGAGAAAAUCGGCAGUCUUGGUUGUUUGUUAAAGAAUGCUUCUAUUCCAUGGAGUCCUAUUGUAAUAGAGUUAGCCAAUGAUUGCCUAAAAUCGUACCAGAAGAAGGCAGACAUAAUUCAAGAUUGCUACAAAAUGAUUCCAUUAAAACAUGUUUUCAAAAAAUAUUCCAUCAAAAGUAUUCUGACCUCACCAAGAGAGCUGAGAAAAUGUGUCAAAUACAUUUUCAAAGAAGGUUUAGAUUCCAGAUUAGAAGAUGCCUUGCAGUUGGUUGAGGGACAAGAAGAUAGCCUAAAGAUGUUACCAUAUUGUCUUUACAUAGACAGUUUAAUCCAAUCAAAAAAAUAUGAAGAAGUAACAGAAUUUUUGUUUGAAAAGCAGUUAGAUGAAACUGUGUUAGACCAAUGUUGUCGAUACAUUAUUCUAAAAUUUUCAACCCAUUUGGACUCUGGUGCUCAUGAAAUUAUAGACGCUGUCAUCAAAAUACUCCAAAAUUCGAAAGAAAAAUUAGAGAAGACAAAUGCAGCCGCAGGCAUGAAUGGUUUCAACAAUUACAUAGAGAAAGCCCUGGUUUGCAAAAGUAUUAGUACAAUGAAGAGUGCCUAUAAUUUUGAAGUUGAACUAAGUAGAUUACACGAAGACAGUUUGCGCAAAUUAGUCAUUCAGGAUUUUCAUAAAUCUAAUUUAAAAGAUCUGGAUAAAACUGAGGAGUUUGUGAAUGUUUGCAAAGGUUGCAUUCCCAAAAUUGUCAGUCUCUUAAACUUACCUCCUGAGGAUGUCAUACUGUAUUUAGCAGAAUAUGCUUUAUGCCUCAAUGACUUCAGUUCAGCCGCCAUGAUCAUGAGUUUAUUGAGGAAGGAUGUUGAAGAAUUAUCUGCACAAAGCUCUACUGUAGCUGUAAAAUUAUUAUCUAAUCUGAUGGAACACCAGUCUUUUCAUUUUGAUUCUAGUCUCACCUCUGUCAACUUAAUUGUGAAGUCCUUAGCAACCCAGAGCAUUGCUAGCUGCAACAUCUCCAUGUUGAAUAAAUCCCUUGAGGUGUACAACAAGAGUGUACUACUCGUUGAAUUUUGUUCUUCGUCUGUCGGAGUGGAAUUUCCUGGAGGUGGUCCGGCAACUCUUUACUGGGAUCCAGCCGUCUCCUUGGCUUCGGCUCCAUUUGCAGCCUCUUUCAUUUGGAAUAUGUAUUCUUAUUGUCAUUCUGUACGAGGUGCCAGUAUUUUUCAUGAAACUUCACCUCACAACAGCCUCUUGGAUAAAUCUGAUACAACCACCAGUAAGCUGGAGGUUAUUCCAGAAUAUGUCUCAGGCUUCCGGCAAAUCAUACAAAGGUUUUUUGGCGAGCAGCAAGACAUCAAGAGCUUAAAACUGGUUUGUUGUCUUAUGUGGCUCUGUGGUUCUGCCAGUGCUGCUGCCUCUCCCUCCAAGAAUUACCUAUUAGAACAUUCAUAUAUUGUUCAUUCCUGCAUUUCGGCUUUACUGAAGAAAGUGUUGGGUGCCAAACAUCUUGAUUUACAUCUGGCUCAGUUUUUACUUCAUUAUUUCUCUACAGAGGCUGCAUUAAAGUGGCUAUCAGAUUUCUCGAAGAACUGUAGAAAUGAUUGUCACCGACUGGGGCAUGUUUCACUAACCGGUAUGGAAUAUUGCAAGAAAAAUUCUUUAAAAUCAGAACAAAAAUCUUUCUUCACAACUUACUUGCAGUGUAAUUGGAGUAAACGCUUAUUACAGUUCAAUCUUCCCACUAAAGACACAUUUAAGCAGACAGAAAAAGAACAAAAGCAGUUGUUGGCCAAAUUAAUCACACUGCCCGACAUCAGUGUUCAGAUCCUCACAGAAUACUGCGAAGACUUUGGUUUUGAUGCUCAGGAAUACCUGCUUCUCCAUUUAAAACAUCUGAUGUUGUCAUGGAAGCCUGAGUUUGAACUAGAAAUAGACUUGGUGGGGGGAAAAAAGAUUGUCGUGAAAAAUUCAACUGAACAUAUACGUACCCGAUGCGGUGAUAUAUUAACUUUUCUAGAAAAUAGUGAAGAGCUCAAAUCAUUUUUAAGCUUGAAUUUAUGGAACGAAGUGAAUCAUUACUACUAUGAGUUGUAUCAAGUCAUUGUUGAUUUAUUAGAAUUGUUAACACAUGACAUAGAAUAUUACCGCAAGUUUAAAAUAAUAUUGUUCUUUCUUAUGAAGUAUCAACGAUUAUGUGAACCCACCUCAGUAGAAGAAGAAUUUUGGCAGACUAAGUUCUCUACCUCACAAAAGCUUCCUGCGAUUGCAGCGUACAGGCUACCUGUACAAUUUUUAGCUAAAAGUUGGUUUAACACCCAUGCUGAUAUGUGGAGUGUUGUGAAGCAUGAAUUUAAUAUCCAGUCUUACAAACAAUGGUUCGACGUCUUGAACAUUUUGGGCAUCGACAAGAAUUCCAUCUGCACCCUCGCCAUCAGCCAAACAACAAUUGCAGACACCUCCUCAACAGAAAGUGACUGGUGUGUUCAUAAAAAGAACGUUCAAUUUUUGAAAGAUGUGAAAGAGUGUGUAGAACAUGUUACAAAUCUAGAAAUGGCAAGUGCUUCUCUUUAUCAUGUGGUCAAUCAUUUGCCACCUGGAGCGGAUCAACUGACAGCUGCAGAAUUAUGCCUAAUGCAAACUAAACAAUUUUUUGCGAAAGAACCAAGUUCAUGCGCGGAAACUUGUCUGAACAAAAUUCAGAAAAAAUACCUAACAAUUUCUACCACUCAUGUGCUAUACACACAUAAUCUAGCCAAGCCAGAUUAUCUGAACCUUGUGCUCGACCCACAUGAAUUGAUCAAGGAGCUUUAUCAUGAUUCAAGCAUCAUUGAGCGGACGAUCAACCAUACUUUAAAUGAAAUUGAUAUUAACAACGCGGCCUUACUUAUAGCAAAACUACAUUCAGUAAAUUUAACAAAUAUUCGACUACAACUACUGGCAACCUGGUUGCAACCAAAUAAUAUGAUGCAAGACCGAUCUCUUGAUGAAACAAUGGUAUUUAGCCCCAGGCAUGUAUCAGCAUCGAGCAUGGAAGAAAACUUAAUUCGUUCUUGCUACAUCCUUGAGAGUGAUAUUGAAAACUCAAUUAGAUAUUUAGUGGGAUUGAUUUUCGCUUAUGAUCUUGAUGAUAUCACACCUAUAUCAGUACAGUUCCGUGCCUUGAAGUGUCUUUGUGCCAUUAUACCAUCUCGAGAACAACUUGAAGAAGUAACUGCUCGUGAUAUUCAAAGUAUCCAAAGUCAUUUACAGUCCCUCAUGUACCUGAAUGAAUUAGAGAAAAGUGGCCUUGUUUAUUCUAUAGAAGGAUUUCAGUGUUGCAACAAAGAGGAACUGAUCAAACUCUUAAUUUCUUUUAGAAGCCAACAGUCUUUAAAAAUUGCUGUCAAGCUGUGCCAGGAUUUCCAUAUCGUCAAACCCAAUAUUUGGAAAGAUGUUGUCUCUGAUUUAACUAAAUACUCAAUGAUUGAUGAUUUAAAAAUUGUAUUACCUCAUCUGAACGGCAUAUGUGAAUUAGCCAAUUCCACGGAAAUAGUUCAAGCUUGGAAUGUCUUGUUACUGCAUUUAUUAGAGAAAAUCGAACCUGACGAUAAAAGUUUCUUAGAGGAGUUCAAAUUUUUCCUUCAUUCUUGCUGUGUUACUCCCUUUUUAAAUCUUCAGGCAAUCAAGUAUCAUUGUGGAAGGAUAAAUGAAAUCCACAUCCUCUCAACAGUUUUGACCCUGACCUCUGAAUUUGAAGGUAAAAAUGAGACAUCUAUACUAUGAGAUGACCUCCUAAAGGUUUGAUAAGCGACUGAAGCAUCACUUUGAAUCAGUCGGAUUGGUAAAAGGAAACUAACUUGAUGAAGUACUUGUAAAUUCCUACUGUUGUUACACUGUGAUGAUUCCUACUAUACCGUUGUUGAUAUACUAAAUAAAUUCCCACCUUGUGUAGUGGCCUAUUGCACAUUGCGGAUCCAACGAUAUGAAGUCCAUGCUUAACUUUUAUUAAUUUCAUGGCAUUCCCUAAUUAUCAUUCUAAUAAUAAUGUGUCAGUGCUAUUGACGCAUAAAAAAAAAAAAAAAAAAAAAAAAAAAAAAAAAAAAAAAAAAAAAAAAAAAAAAAAAAAAAAAAUAUAAAUUUGGCUUGAAUACUGUAAAAAGAUGGCUUAUAUAUGAUUUAAUUACUAAUCGCCAGUGAAUGUUCACUUCUUAUUUUUUUUUUUAAAUUUCGCUCUGUAUCAUCAAUGUGUGUCCAAAAAAUUUUCGCCAAAAUAAAAACUUUUUAACUUGAA